GUUUUCUUCCCUCAACAUGUCACUAUUUUCCUUCUUCCUCUUCUUUUCCUUCCAUCUUCAACGGCCCGAGACAGAAAGGAAUAGAGGAACCCGGAAAGGCGCCCCUUGCGCGCGUCCACCCAUCUUCCACAUUUCCACUACAUGUGUGACCAUCACACGUCUAAAUCUCGAUUGUGGCUCGCAGCCUGCGAACGAAUUCGAACAUCACUGGGCGCCACGAUUUUUACUGGUGAAAAAAAGAAAAGCAAAUGGGGUCGGGAAAUCCAAGAGGGGGGUGCAGAACUCGGAACACCAGGAAAAGCGCGAGAUUCGUCGUUAUCACCGUGGCUUGACCACCAACACUCGCAAACCUCCACGCCCACAAGACAUGCUUACACCACCGUUGAGGAAUGGUGCGAAACCCCUCUUGUGGUUUCGUUACCGUAUGUGGUUCCAUGGAACAGGAAAGAUUAUCUUCGUUAGCCCGGUAUAUGUCAUGGCACGCCGAGAAUCCUUCGCUAUUUCCGUCUCAGCCGAAGUGCCAGCCAGCAGUUCUGAAGAGUCGAUAAUUGACAUGGAGAUUACGGAUCUCGAUGCAUUUCCCAUCUUUCGGCCAAUUUUCAGUCUGGUUGCAGAUGCUUCCUUGCUUCCGUCUCUGGCACCAAAAGAACGGAAUGGCCUGUUGGCCACCAAGAUAUUGAACCACUGAACGUUGAAGCCCCCGUAAUUUGAAGGCGAUGGGACGUCAUUCGGUGAAAAACAAUAAUCCUUUGUUCUGGAAGUUUUCCAAAGGUCCUUCCAUCUCUUUUCUUUUGCCGAUCUGCCGACCUCUGACUUCAGUUCUCCCCACGGAGAUCCCGCCUUUGAAAAGGCGAUAUUUUUCUCGUCACCGUACAUCAGUCAAGUUUCAGGUUCUAUUCUCGAACUUUCGUAUGGGUCAGUGUGAUACAUGUCAUCGUCCUGCAUCCUCUGACUUCAUGCCAUCUCAAGAGCCACGUACGUUGAUUGGCAUCGAGAUGAAAGGCCUCCCGCCGUCAGUAUCAGGCUCUCCAGAUCUACCAUCAUGCCAUGUACCUAUAGACCAUCACCAGCUGUACACUAGAGCUUCAACAAG